UAGCCAAAUUAUCUUAAGCAGCUAAUUUGAGCACGCUAAAGAUCGCUUCUUUAAUACGACUUUUGCAGUAGAUAAACAGCUUCAAAGUUCGCCGUACUUUUAACCGACCCUUAAGCAGCUCUGAAUGUCAAACUGUAAAAGAAAGUAUUUAUGCAGGUUUAAUUUUCAAGCAAGACGGAUAAAAAAAAAUGAAAUGUAAAAAAUAAAUUAUUCCUGCUUGAAGUUGCAUUUGUGGUUGUGUAGUCAACUUGCUACAAUGAGAUCUUUUCGGAUAUAUUUAUGUGUAUUAAGUUUGUUUUGAUAGUUGUGUGAGUGUGUUACAAUAUCGCAUUUUUUGUUGAAAACUGUAUUUAUUGAGUAUUGAACGCAUUUUAUCCUGCCUACAGAGUGCUGCCUAUGCUAAUUCUACCGUCAGUUCUGUGAUUGCUCAUCACGUAAUAUCUGGACAAAAAGAUAUUAAGCAGCAAUCAACAAACAUACGAAAAAUAAUUAUUUGUUCUUUGUAUGAUUUGCGUACACUUUUGUUUUUUCAAAUGGGUUUUUUUCGAGAAACACACAUUAAUGCCAUGAGCAUUUCCUCAAUGCAUAAAAAAAUCAACAAUCGGAAACUGGUGGCGUAUGGAGUUAGCUUCCGUAAACAAAGCUGCAAAUUUUCGAUACCGUUCCGAAAACCAUCAACAAUCGUUAAAAUACUUGAACAGCAUAGCUACGAUGUCAACGGGAUCAAGGUGCAAAUAUCCGACACUGACCGCAGCGGUUAAUAUUUCCAUGAAACCGAACUUUUAGCAAUGGUAAAUAUUUCCAUGCAAAUGUACAGUGCCUUAGGAUAGAGACACAAGGAUGAUAACAAUCGAUGUCGAUCACAUCUACAAUUGUUCGAUAUUUCGGCCAGUCGAGCAAAUACCAGUAAAUCAAAACAAAAGGCCGGGUUGGAAAGCAUUUGCACCUAACACCGUUGAAUUUCUGCGAUGGAGCAAAUACGAUCAUUUCGAUCGUAGCAUUUGACGCGAGUAGAGGCAGAAAGCUUAAGACUUCAGCCAAAACCACAAUAUGCCGUUUAACGUUGUCGAAACUGUGGACGCUAGAGGGCACAAGGAACUGUUAGCAGUUCCUGAACCUUGGGUUCAAGGAUCGAGUAAAGGCAGAACUUAUCUUUUCUGGCCCAACAUACGACGGAAGGAACGGUUGAAUGAACUAAUAGAAGACGACAACAGCACUCCAACAAAUUCUUGGGAACGAAUUUUGUGCAGAGUGAAACGUGUAGGAUUGGCAACUAUCACGGAGGCCAACAAAGUUAUUAAUGAUAUGUGCUUGGAGUCCUCAACUGAUUUUAGUGAGAAGCUUACGCAUGAAAAAAAGAAAAAACCACAAAAGGUCAAACAACGCGUUUCCAGGCCUGUGAAAAAUUUCGAAUCCAUGUUAGAACCAUGUAUCGUAGAAAAUAACGAAUACUCUUACGAGGUUACCAGAUGUGUAUUGCCCGAAAAUCCGGAAAAAAGCGGGGAAAAUGAAUGGCUCGACGAAAGUGAAGUUGACGAAAGUUUGGUAGCGGAAAACUUUAAAGAAAGUAUUAGCAAUAAUAGCUUUGAACAUCAAAAUGAACCAGAAGAUCAACUUAAAUCAAGUGAUUUAGGAACACAUAAUAUCGAUCUAAACGAAAGAUUACAACGACUAGAAUGUGCUAUGUCAACAGUUAUUUCGAAGGUAGAUGUGUUCGCGAACGAGACAGUGUCAAGCCUCAGAAAUCAAUUGGCAAAUCUUGAAAAGGCAACGUCCAUUGUAAUUGCAAAGCUAGAUAUUCUUACGGAUAAAACAGUGAUACCCGUUUCCAUGAGGCAUAGAAAAAACAACAAUAUAGGGUUUGAACCUAUCGCAACAGCACAAGAACUGACAAAUUUUGAAAUGAGUUUAAGUGACAAUAGUUACUUUAAUGAAAUAGCGACAUGGUUAGAAAACAACAUAUACGAAAACACUCCUGAAAAUAGAAUGAUAGAAAUUAUGGAUUUGAUUUUUACGAAACAAUUUUUAACUGAGUGUAGUUGGACAGGAAUUAGCAAGGGAAAAGAAAAAAUACCGCUUAUCACAUAUAAAAACGUAUUAGAACUUUUUAGAUUUCACGGUAGCACAAACGAUGUUGAUGUUACUAUGAGAAUGGUUGCAGUAUUUUUUAUGAAGAAGCUAAAAAAUGCAACGAAAAGAGCGGCGACCAAAGGCCUACGUAAGAGUACACAACAUAAAUUUUAGUUUUUAUUUUUUUUUUCUAAACGUAACAAAACUUACUGAACUAUUUCAAUGUAUGCACUAAAGGAAUAAAGACAAAUUCAUUUGAUUCUCUUGUUUCUAUAGCUACUAACUUGCAUCUAAUGUCACAAAAGUUUAUAAUUUCCUCUGUACUAGAUAAUUCAGCAAUUUUUCCAACAAAAAUGUUUAGAACAGAGGAUUUAAAUGGAUAUUCAAAAAAGUUCCAUUGUUUUCUAAGUACUCUUCCAUGAAAAGCGGAGAGUGAUAUAGAAUGCUUUUUGGAAAACCGUACAAUUUUCUGUGUUUUGGUUAAUACCCAACCAUCACGAUUGUUAUCCUGCAUUUUGAAGUUAAUACUGUUAUCGUUUAGUGUUUCUCCUUCAUACUUAUGAAAACCUUCAAGCUCCGAUAAUCUAUUUAUAAGUUGCUGUAAAUCCUGUCGCCUGCUUCGUAGCAAUUUUUUAAGAUUUUGCAACUUAUUUUCAAAUGGGUAUGUUGAAAGAGUGUUUAACGCACCAAAAAACUCUACAUCGUCAAAUACGUGCAACAGAUUAUGAACGUUGCUGGUUAUAAAUUGUUCGCCGUAUAUGUCACUAUACUGAAUUACAAAUUCGGUUAACAUUUGUUUUGCAACGUGCCAAUUCUGCUUGUAAAACGUUGUUGAUAACAUGGUGACUGCGCAUGAAAGUAACAAGAAUUGAUUAUAGUUUUCUUCGGAUAAAAUAUCUUUCAGAACUACAAUCCCACCGUAAUGUAGAAAAGAGCUAAAUUCUGAAGCCUUCCAAUACUUCAAAACAUUUAAAUUUCUGAAUGGUCUAUGGAUUUCUGAAGGUAACUUAAUGUGUCGUAGAAUAUCUGAAAUUUUUAUAAUUUCAGAAGCUGAAAGUUUGGCGUGUAUACCAAGUUUUCCAUCUCUCCAACCUAGCAACAAUCUUUUCAUUACUCCCAAAUCAAUUAGAUGCAAGCGGUCUGCUAUAACAAUAUCCUUGAUGAUAUCCAGAAACGGAACUUCUAUCAAAGGGCUAACAUUUUUUUGAUGUUUUUCAUACGCUUUUUCACGAAAACCAGCAUCUGUACGGUUUGUAUGGUUCACACCUUUAAAGAUUACAGUAUGGGAUUCAUAACUGUAUUCUCCCUCACACGUACAUUUUAAACAACCGUGUGCUGCAUUGUAAUUAGCAACUCCUAAAAUAAAAAUAUUGGUAUCUUAUAUUUUUAAUAGCAUUUCUUACUUUUAGUUAGCUUACCUUUAAUAAACGCUCUAGCAGGUGAAUCGGCUAUUAUUGCUCGAAGACUUAUGGACAUUUUACUGCCCAUUAUUUGUAUUCCGUUUACCAAUAUUUCUUUCAACUCAUCCACCAAUUGCCUCAAAUAUUCUUCAACGUUGCCAGGUUUCGUACCAUAAAAAACUGCAACAAUCAUUGGCGGAGUGGUUGGCAUCUCGUGAAUGUUAAUAAGAAUCGGCCAAAAUUGCUUAUUACUGCUUUUAUAUAAUGGUAGGCCAUCAACAAAAACAUUCAAAGACAACUUUUGAAAAGGCGGUCUUUUCUUACUGAAAAAAAAACAUUUACAAGUUUAAGUGAGAAUGACAAAAACAUACAAAUCCAGAAAAAACUUACAAGAAAUAGGAUGAAAUACAUUUUUCGAUACCGUUGUACCAAAAUUGUCCGCCAUUUACAUCUGUAAUGAUUGCCGGGGUCCUUUUAGUGCGCAGCAAAGUUCUGGCGUCAUUCGGAAGGUCGCUUUGAAUUUUGGAGUUCAGUAUUUUAAGUAGCAUGUUUAUUGAAUGAUGGGAUUGGUUAGUGGCUAAUGCCCAAAAUUUAAGACAAUCUUCCAUAUUCAAGUGUUGGAAUUCAUUCCCUUCCUUUUUUACUCCUUCAGGAUUAUCUUCCGAUUCAGAACUUUCUAAAUAUUGAUCUAUAUCUGGAAUACUUGUUGAUGAACCUACGGAGGACAGUAAAUGGUUUUCAUAACAAUAAACUUUCAAUAUCUUUGUGCGUAUCGCGACAGACCUGUGGUAUCCAAUAAUUCACUCUCAAUAGAACUAAUAGCAUUGUCGAAUAAUUUACGUUUUAUUUUAUCACGUUUGCGAUAAAUUUUCCCCGAUUUUUUAAUAAUUUGGGAAUACAUUGUAUUAUUUGUUUACUUUUUUAGCUAAUGGCAUCGUUUUGCGAUGCCGACAUUUGACAGAUUAGCGAUGGGAUUGUAAACAAAAUGCCAUCGAGUACCGUGUGCUUCUUGUUGAGCCUUGUAGUUCCAUUGCGAAUCACUAACCGACCAAUAAGAAGCCUCAUAGUUCCAUCGAGUACCGUGUGCUUAUUGAUGUACCUUAUGGUUCCAUAGCGAACCACUAAGCGACCAAUAACAAGCCCCAUAGUUCCAUCGAGUACCGUGUGCGUAUUGAUGGACCUUAUAGUUCCAUAACGAACCAUUAACCGACCAGUAACAAGCUCCACAGUUCCAUCGAGUACGGUGUGCAGUUUAAACGGCCCCAAGGUUCGGACAGGGUUCGUUUUUUCGUUAAGCAGCCUUCAAGCAGCGUUAUGGUUGCAUUUUUAUUAAUUUGGCUAC